UUAUUGGACGUCUAUGUUUCGGUAGGGCGUUUCUCCAUGCAACACAACACAGUGGGCUGUCGAAUCAUGUCUGGUUGAAACAACUCGAUCUGAUCUGAUGUCAGACAAGCGUCAGCGGGCAAGAGUGCAGGGCUCCUGGGCCAAACCACCAGCUAAAGGGCAAAGUGGUCCAAUGGGAUUUGUCCCAAGCAAUGCAGCCAGUAGGUCCAACACAGCCUCAGGGUCUUGGGGGUUUGGCAACCAAAAAGCAUCUGAAGCUUUUAAGUUUCACCAACCUACAAAGCCAGUUAGAGAUGUUCCAAAAGAAAAGGUCAUAGAGCAGGCAGGUGUUUAUGAGAUAAGCCACGGGCCGUCUGGAGUUUCUCGCCUACGCCUGUGGCCUGGGUUUAUCACCACAGAAGAGGCUGAUUGGAUGUUCAGUAAGCUGCUGGAGGAGCUGCCCUGGUCCAAGAAGACUAACUACAGACAGGGUGAAGCAUAUGAUGAGCCCAGGCUGACCUGCUGGUAUGGAGAGCUGCCAUAUACUUAUGCUCACUCUACGAUACCAGCCAACAAUCAGUGGCACCCACUGCUGGUGACACUUCGUGAGGCCGUGGAACAAUCGAGCAGUUGUACCUUUAACUCCUUGUUGUGUAACUUGUAUCGCAAUGGACGCGACAGCAUUGGCUGGCACAGUGAUGAUGAAGCCUCGUUGGGUCCUAAACCCACCAUCGCUUCUCUGAGUCUGGGUGACACUAGAGUGUUCAGCCUCCGCAAGCAGCCUCCACCGGAGGACAAUGGUGACUACACGUAUGUAGAGCGGAUUUCGGUUCCUUUAAGCCACGGGACUCUCCUGUUGAUGGAAGGAGCUACACAGGAUGACUGGCAGCAUCAAGUGGCAAAAGAGUACCAUGACAGAGGCCCACGCAUCAAUUUAACCUUCAGAACCAUCCACCCGGAGCCAGAAGGCCACAGGCCAGGCACUAAGAUAUGAUUCACAGCCAAGCAACUGUAGAUUCUCCUCAAGUCAGGUACCACAAACAAAUGAAAAUCAGUCCUACAUUGGUGCAAAUAUUAAAAAGGUGUCAAAAAGACGAGUUAUUCGGUAAAAAAAUAUUUUUUUUACUGAGCUAAAAACACAUAUGUGCUCUUAUUUAAGGCUAGAAAGAGCAAGCGUGCUCUUAUUCAAAUGGUACUUUGAUCAAAAAGUUUGUUAUUUGAUUUUUGUCUAUCUUGUUUAGUGUCAAGGCUUGAAUUAUUUCUAUAUGAAUUAGAGUUGUAUGUUUAUAAAGACAGAGUUGUUUCUGUACAGGGUAUCCGCUGUUACCUGAGCCACAACAUCAUUUAAAAAGGCCAAUAACAGUUGAAAUAGCAUUUGUUAAUUUGAAAAUAGAAAAUGUUUGAAGUGUUUUUAAAAUUCACCCUGGUUUUAUAGCGUUGGGCUUUAGCAGAAAGAUAAACUUUACUUGUGAAACACUUCAACUCGCUGGAUUUAUUUUCCUUUUUUUCUGUAACAUGUUUACAUUAAAAUAAACUUUGAUCUGUUCAA